AUGGGAGAAUUCAAUCCGAAAGUCAGAUGGGUGAUCCCGCAGCGGCUGGACUCCAUGGCAUUUGUUGGUCGCGAUGUGCUGGCAGUGGCGCACGAUAUUUACAUCAUGUUCAUCAACAUGAAAACCAACACAGAACUGGUCUACGUCGCCAACAGCCAGAAGACUGGUGAUGGCGUUGACGUGAUCGCCGGUCACAGGUCCUUUAUGUUCGCGUUUGCAGAGAAAGUCAAGCAUCCUCGGAUAUUCAUCAUGAGCUAUCCAACGUUCACAAAUCUGGCUGAACUAAAAGACGUCGACGUGAAUCGUUACAAAGGCUUGUGCGUGUUGGAGGGUGACCUGGUGGCGGGCUUUAGCGGCUUUCCCAACUACUUGGUUACCGUGUGGAGCUGGCGUUCCUGUCAGCGGCUUAUCUGCGUACCCACCGGCGUCAGACGCCGCCGGCAAAUUUAUAUGCCGAGUCGUUCACACCCACUGGUGUGCGAAUGCUGGGGCGAGGGGCUAAUCGUGUGGGAGGUGACGCCUUGCUACAAGCACACGUUGAUGAUGAAGCGCGCCAAGGAGGAGGUCACGGGCUGGGAGGUGUCGUCGCCGCCGCUAGUCGGUGUCUGCUUUACCAUCGACGGCGCGCUCUACGCCGUAGACUCCAAAGCCAACCUUUACGCCGUGACUUCAGACGGCAUUAACAUGGUGACCAACGUGGUAUGGGAAGCGGAUAUAAAAGGUGAAAACACACCGCACAUCUGUGCCUUCGGCAACGGCAUUCUGUUAUACGGACCAGACCGCAAUAUCAGAUGGCUCAAAAAAGUAGAAAAUGAUUGGAGCAUAGUAUGGAUACGAUCACUGGAGGGCGAUAAGGAAGUCGUAAAAGACGAGGUAGCAAAGAAGGCUGACGGAUCUAAAUCUAAACAAAGUGUCAAAGGUGGAAUUAAGAGUACUACGAUUGUGGAAAAAGCGACUAGGGAGAGUGAGACUUUUCAUCGUCGACGUGCAUCGGAGGUGGCUUUGGAUGUGGCCGAGAGGCUCUUGAGCAGCGCAAGCGCAGAGUGUGCUGCUAUGUGGACGCGUGCAGGUCGGGUCUUGCGGCUCCUUGCGCCUGCUUCGCCCGAUGACAACUGUCCCGAGGUGCGGCUGCAAGCGUACAAACAGCGGAGCAUAGAGAAGAUUCAAAUGAUCGCCCCAAAUUUCAAACACGUUGUCACUAUGAACGAUCAUGGAACGUUAAGCGUUUACGAGAUAAUGUCCGCAAAGCUGGUGCUGGUGAAAUACGUCGACGGAAGCGAGAUAUCAUUCACAGCGAGUCUAGUGGACCCGUUACUGGCUGUGUAUGGCGAGGCUUUAUGCGGUUUCAACUAUGGACUAACUCUGCUAGAGUGGCAGGAGCGCGAGGAGGGCCGCGGUGAUCUGGUAAAGGUUGCGUCUGUCUGCCUCACACACCAGUCGGUGUCGCGGGUAGUCUUUUCACCCUCUGGUCGUGAGCUCAUCGCUGCGGCCAUGUCAGCUGGACAUAUUUUUUUGUACAAGGUUAGUAUCGCCGCUUAUCUCGGGACUACUUACUUAACCCACCUAAUGGCAUUAGUUUUUUCAAUUUAUUAUUAA